AUGCUCGACCUCAAGGGCAAAGUCGCCCUGGUCAUCGGACUCGGCCAAACAGGCUCAGAAGGCUGGGGCAUCGGCGCCGCCUGCGCCGUCACGUUCGCGAAACAAGGCGCCCUCAUCUUCGGCGGCAACCGCACCGUCGAGUCCACCGCCAAGACCAGGGCCGCCAUCGAGGAGAUCGGCGGCGUCUGCGACGUGGUCGCGACGGACGCCACCUCCUCCGAGUCCGUCAAAGCCCUCGUGGACGCCUGUCUUUCCAAACACGGCCGGAUAGACAUCCUCCUCGCCAACGUCGGCCAGUCCCAGCCGGGGUGUCCCGCGACCAUGUCCGAGGCGACGUGGGACGCGCAGGUCGAGCUGAACCUCAAGACGGUGUACCUGGCGUGCCACCACGUUCUCCCCGUGAUGGAGGCGCAGGAUAGCGGUGGCAGCGUGGUCUGCAUCUCGAGCAUCGCGGGGCUGCGGUACAUCGGCAAGCCGCAGGUGGCGUACAACACGACCAAGGCGGCGAUCAUGCAGUUCGUGAAGGCGACGGCGGUGGUGUACGCGCCGAGGGGGGUGCGGCUGAACACGGUGGUCCCGGGGCUGAUGGAGACGCCGUACACGAGGGUGCUGGCGUCGCGGUUUCCGGUGGAGGGGGGGUACGAGGCGUUUAAGCGGAUGAGGGACGAGCAGGUGCCGAUGGGGAGGAUGGGGGACGCGUGGGAUGUCGCGAAUGCGGCGGCGUUUCUCGUCUCGGAUGAGGCGAGGUAUAUCACGGGGCAGAAGAUUGUGGUUGAUGGGGGGAUUACUUCGUCGACGGGGCGUACUUAG